AUGAAUUACUUAUAGUAUAAUAAUUCAAGCAUACUUCCCUUGAUAAAUCAAUUACCACUUACUUCAAAUGAAAGAUAAUUGUAUGGAUAAUUGUAUGGAAUAAAUUACUAAUAAUAACAAUAAUAAUAAUAAUAAUAAUAAUAAUAACAAUUUAAUCCUUAUUUAAGUUCAUUAAAUUAUGCCUAUUAAACUAAUUUCAUACCAGCAUAUACUAAUAAUUAGAAAUUACCCUAUAUUUAAUCUUAGGUUAUUGAUCCAUUACCAUUAAAUUAUAAUCUAGGUUUAAUGGUUCAUCAACCUUAAAGUUAAAUUAGAUUGGCAUUUGAUUUAUCUGAUUUUGGAUUACCAAAAGAACCACCAAAACCAUAAAGAAUGAUUGUUAAAAAGAAAAUUCCAUAAACUAUUUAUAAAGCACCAGAAUUUGAUUAUUUUGAAUAGGUAGAGAUUCCAAAAAUUUAUUUAUCUAAUGAAUAAUAAUUUAGAAUUAUAAAAAAUAAAUAAACAGAUGCCCAUAAAAAAUAAGAGUAUUUGGAAAGAGAAAUUUAAUUAGAAAGAAUAAAAUUAGAAACUGCAAGACAUAAUAAACAGUUAGAAAAACAAUAGGAUAUUAAAACAAUAGAAGAAAAUCAAAGUUAAAAUAGUCAUAUGGGUGAAAAAUCAUAAGAUGAAAUAAAAAAUGAUAAGAAAAAAAGAAGAUUAGCAAAGAAAGUCAAAGAGGAUAAGAAAUAGUUAAGGUAAUAUGGUAAUUAUAAAAAACCUUCCAUUAUGAAAUUCAAAAAAAUUAUAAAUAGAAUUAGAAAAAUGUAAUGGUUUGGUAGGAUAUAUUUAAAAACAUUAGAAAAUGAAAUAAAAAUAAAGAAAGAUUAAUAAUCUAGAAAGUAAUAAACUAAUCGUGUAGAAGCCAAUGAAAUGCUCUUAGAUUGGAUUGAUGAUACAACAAAUGAUUUUUUAUUAGAUUUAUUGAAUACUAAUGAAUCAUUAAUAGUAUAAGUGGGUUAGGAGAAAUAGAAUACUGUAAAUAAAAAGAAAAUUAGUGCUUUGUUUGAUACUUUAUCAAUUAAAUUAAUAAAAGAAUUUAAACCAGAAUAAAUUAUCAAAGGACCAUUAGCAUCUUAUUUAAAUGAUAUAAUUUAAUCAUAUUCUUUUCCUCCUUUGAAAAUAUAUAGUAAAUUUGAAAUAAUAAGAAUUCCAACUACAAAAUUUGGUAGUUUAGGAUAAAUGAAUGAAAAUUGUUAAAAAAUGAUUUUGAUAAUAUUUAUUGUUCUGAAAUAAAUUGCAUUUGAUAACAUUUUCAAAGCUUGGGAAUAACAUCCUGAUUAAUCAUAAGAUAAUCAAUAAUAACUAUUAAGAAUCUAAUAAAAUUCUAUUAUUUUAUCCUCAAUCAUACAUGAAUUAGUAAUUAAAUGGAUUGAAAAGAAUGUUCCUAUUCAAAAUGAAUAUAAGUUGAAUGAGUUAGAGAAGAACUUUCAAUUUUAUUCAAAACCUUUUACUACAGAGAAAGAUCAAAAUAAUAAAGAAUAUCCUAUUAGUUUCUUGAUUGAAGGAGUUAUGGCUUCCACUUUAAUUUAAAAAUAUAUAAAUAAUAGCAAAGGUGAGAAAGAGCCUUGGAUUAUAAAAUUAGAAGACACUAUUGAAAAAUUUAUAAAUUCAAUUUUAUAACAAUUAAACAAAGAAUAUACAAACACAAAAAAAUAGAUUAAAAAAUAGAGAAUGUCUUAAAUGAUGAAUAAUUAUAUAAAUUCUUAAUGA